AUGAUUUUGGAUAUGCGUGGCGGGAAAAGCAGUACUGCUACUCUCUCUCCUACUUCCUCUACCGGAGCUGCUAUUUGGCAGAUUCGAACAAUGGAAAAAGAGGACGAGUUUAAUGUUGGCGUUAAAUCAGAGAUCAAGAAAUGCAACAAUAACGAAAAAUUGGACAAAGGAGAAGAAGAGAAAGUUGUCGCUCAAGAGGAUGAGGAGUCGGACGAAAGUAGCAAAACGAUGGAAUGUGAUAUGCUAUUCAAUAUGUCUAUUUUAAUUUGUACUAAUCUUCUUAAUUACAUGGACAGGUUUGCUUUAGCAGGAGUUUUAACAAAUGUACAAGCAUUUUAUGGAAUUAAUGACGCUGAUGCUGGUCUGCUACAUACUGUAUUCAUGGUUUUUUUCAUGUUCACCUCGCCAGUUUGUGGUUUUUUCGGUGACAGGUAUAAUCGAAAGUGGAUUAUGGUAUUUGGAUUAGCUGUUUGGAUUUCGGCUGUGUUUGCUUCAACGUUUGUUCCUAAAGAUAAAUUUUUGGCAUUUCUUUUAUUGCGUGGAGUUUUUGGGCUCGGCGAAGCGUCGUAUACCACGAUUACUCCAUCGAUCAUAGCUGAUAUGUUCACAGGACCAAGUAGAAGUCGGAUGUUGAUGAUCUUCUAUUUUGCAAUUCCAUUUGGAAGCGGUCUAGGCUUUAUUGUUGCUUCAAAGGUCUCCGCUUUAACCGGACAUUGGACAUGGGGUAUUCGGAUCACAGUAUUUUUUGGGAUUAUUUGCCUGGCGAUGAUCAUCAUUUUUAUGAAAGAGCCGCUGCGUGGUGCCGUUGAGCGAGUAGGAGGAGGAGGUCAGAAAGCAAUGGUAGCGACUAGCUAUCGGGACGAUGUCGUAUCCCUUGUUAAGACGCCCACUUACAUCUUGUCAACUGCUGGUUACACUGCACUUGUUUUUAUGGUGGGAACGUUGUCGUGGUGGGCAGCGACGACUAUUCAGCACAGUGAGGCGAAUAAGCUGGGCUUAAACAGUACUGCUCUGUUGAAUUCAGAUGUGAAAGUGCGAAUUAAUCUGAUUUUUGGAGUUCUAACAUGUGCUGGAGGCAUUGCUGGUGUAGGUCUUGGAUCUGUCCUUUCUAUGAUGCUUCACACUGGUUACGGGCCUUUCAAAUGGGUUCAAACGAUUCGAUCGGAUGCAAUUAUUUGUGGAGUUGGAUCACUGAUCGGCGUUCCGGCAUUGUUUUUAUCCCUCUACUUCAUCCCAAUAAACAUCACAGUAGCAUGGGCUUUUAUAUUCAUUCUUACUACCGUCUCCUGCUUUAAUUUUGCUACGCAUGUGGAUCUGCUGAUGGAUGUAGUUAUACCAACUCGACGAAAUGCAGCCAACUCGUGGCAAAUAUUGUUCUCCCACAUGUUUGGAGACGCGUCAGGACCGUAUAUAGUUGGAAUAAUUUCGGAUCAAAUACGAGGAGAAGAUUCUUCGCCGGGCGGGAAUUUUCGGUCGCUAGUAAUCUCUUUCUAUCUCCCGAAUGCUUUACUUGGACUCAGUGCAGCGCUGUUCUUUUGUGCUGCGUACACAUUUGUUAAAGAUAAUCACAAAAUGAAGAGAUACAUGGGUGCACUUGAUUCUGCUUCUGAGACAACAGAAGUUCCGGAAGGUGAUGUGCUUCCACAGUCAGCAGCUUCCAAAAGCGAGGAACCACGAGAGCAAGAAACACAAGACACAGCACAGACAUGA